CGGCUGCGCAGACGAGAGCGGACAGGUCAUGUGACUUCAGCAUGGCGGUGUUUGCGGAUUUGGACUUGAGAGCGGGUCCCGACCUGAAGGCGCUUCGGGGGCUAGUGGAGAACGCUGCUCAUCUUGGCUAUUCAGUUGUUGCCAUCAAUCAUGUUGUUGAAUUUAAGGAAAAGAAACAGGAAAUUGAGAAACCAGUAGCUAUUUCUGAGCUCUUUACAACUUUGCCAAUUGUACAGGGGAAAUCAAGACCUAUAAAAAUUUUGACUAGACUGACGAUUAUUGUUUCGGAUCCAUCUCACUGCAAUGUUUUAAGAGCAACGUCUUCAAGAGUUCGGCUGUACGAUAUUGUUGCAGUUUUCCCAAAGACAGAGAAACUUUUUCAUGUUGCUUGUACACACUUAGAUGUGGAUUUAGUGUGCAUAACUGUAACAGAGAAACUACCAUUUUACUUCAAAAGACCCCCUAUUAAUGUGGCAAUUGAACGAGGCGUAGGCUUUGAACUUGUCUAUAGCCCUGCCAUCAAAGACUCCACAAUGAGAAGAUACACGAUUUCCAAUGCCCUCAAUUUAAUGCAGAUCUGUAAAGGAAAGAAUGUAAUUAUAUCUAGCGCUGCAGAAAGGCCUUUAGAAAUUAGAGGCCCAUAUGACGUGGCAAACUUAGGGUUGCUCUUCGGGCUGUCUGAAGGUGAUGCCAAAGCCGCCGUGUCCACCAACUGCCGAGCAGCAAUUCUCCAUGGAGAAACUAGAAAAACUGCUUUUGGAAUUAUUUCUACUGUGAAGAAACCUCGGUCAUCAGAAGGAGAGGAUGAUUCUCUUCCAGCUUGCAAGAAAGCCAAGUGUGAGGACUGAAAUGGACCCAGCCACCAUCAGCACUUUCUCCUUCCCUGUUACUGACCAUCAGCCUCAACAGAAAUGGAAUCUUU